AAGGAUAUGUGUAAAAUAAAAAUUCAGUGAAGAUAAAUGAGCAAGAUGACGACAAAUAACCAGCCUGAGGAAUUUCCAAACAAAGAGAGAACGAGAAGCUUUGAUGGUGAUGUGCGAGAAGAAACAAGAAGAAAUGCCAUCCGUAUGCGGCGUCAGGUCGGUUUUCAGCGUUUAAAUCAACUGAGCUUUAUGCAGAUUAUUACGUCAUGUCCACUUUUUAUAGCAGGAGUUGUGACACUUGUGAUGGCCCUUCCCCACGUGGAGUAUCCCGUAUUUAAUUUUGGGCCUGUUUUUGUAUCUAUUCUGGUGUUCCCGAUGGCGUUGAUCGGUUUACUUGCAACAAGGUCAGCAACUGAGAAUGUGAACGAGAUAGAGACAACAGGGGGAGUAAAAUGUAUGAUUGUAUGUAACUUUAUCCUGUCUCUGUUAUGCAGUGUUCUUGCAGCAGCAUCUAGUUUCUUUUCAUUCUACAUAGUGGAACAAUGUUCGGAUACAUCAUCAGAUUUUUAUGAACUAUGUCUGCCUAACAGUCGUGCCAAUAUCGGGUUAUCAUUGGUGGAUGGUGUCGUGUGCAUUAUUUUGUUGAUCCUUUCCGUUUUCGGCAUAGCCCAUUUCUGCACACAUGGCUUUAAGUUGUGUUUUCCGUCUGAUCCAUUGAAUAGAAAUCUACAUUUGACAGUGGUGAUGCCUUGCAAAUCAUCCGCGCAGGAUCAAGUGAGGGGAUUUCAUGAGCGCAAUGUGUAAAUGAAUGUUCAAAUGAACGUGCGAUAAAUAGAUAAACUGUUUAUUUACUGACUGCAAAAAAAAUAUUACACAAGAAAAAAAUUGCCAUUUUAAAGAAAUAUACAGCUAUAUAUAUUCAAGUUAAAAAAGGUUUUCAAUUACUAGUAUGAUAAAUGGCUUCACUGAACAUGCGGCCAAUAUUAAUGAAGGAUGCUCUUAUUAAAUACAUUUUAUAGACAACACUGGCAAUUCGUCUUAAAUUUAGUUGGGAAAAAUUCUCCGCCGGAUGUCUUUGUAAAGUUAAUCAUUUACAUGAUUUCAUAUUUUUAUGUUUGUGAUAGUAAACUGUCUUGUCCUUUAACGUGAGAGAAUGUUGUAUCAAUUGAAGUGUCCUAUAGCCGGUAUAUCGUUGUUUUUAAAAAUGGUUCAUCUUUUGCUAUAUAAAGACUGUUUUAAAUGUUCUAUCAAAGAAUUUAUUCCUAUUAAAACAACUAUGUAUGUAAUUGAAUAAAACAUGUGUUACCUAGCAUACAACAUGAAUAGAAUAUAUAUCGUCGGCUUAAUUCCAGACGGCCCUAAGUCGAUAUUUUUAAAAUAUCAAGAUAUUGGUACCGUUAAAUUCGUUAUUGAAAGCUCUUUCUAUUGGUGUAUUGUAUGCCUAUGUGGAAAUAUAAUAAACAGGAGAAAACAGAGUUCUACAAAGCCCUAAGUCCCUUAUUCAUAUUAAAAGUAAGUUCUACAAUGCCACAUGGGAUUGGCCAAUUGAACAGCUAUAUUUAGUCACGUGACAUAGCGGAAGCGGCUAGAAAAGCCAUGUUAAAAAUCUUUUGUGAAAAAUUACAAAAGGAAACCAAAGAUAAAAACUCUGAAAUAUGUAAGUUAUUUCUUUAUUUUUAGUUGAUAGGAGAUAGAAAUUAUGUUGUCUUUAAUACAGAAUAAAAAUAUUGA